AAAAUUGCAGUAAUAUAUACAUUAAACCAUCUAUUGAAAAAGAAAGUAUUUCAAUGUCUCGUUCAAGUAAUAAUCUGUCAGAACUUGCCAUCUCAGCUCGAAGGACUGAAUCGUUAGAUGCUUCUGAAAUAUCCCAACUUGUCACAAAUCAAACUUAUGACUUGUUUGGAAGAGUCCAUAUUGCGCACAUUAUAGAGAAGGCCAACUUAGCAGUGACACUUACUGACGACACAAAUGCAGUUGUAGGACAUGCAGCAUUUUACGAUCAACCUAACUGGAAUGUUUCAAAUGACAGGCAUUGGAUGUGUUGGCUAAAAGAGAAUUUUAAUAUCACGACAUGUGAUCCUGUUAACAGUCUGUUUAUGCAUUACUAUGUAAGCAAAGAAGAAUAUUCAGAAGGCGUCAUAAACGAAAUUAUAAGAACUAUAUUUUAUGCUGUUCCUUUGUUGCAUUUUGUGAUUCUUAUUGCGCCUGUUUCAUUAAAUAUUGACAAAUCCAUUUCAACUGUCUUUGAACCAAUCGAGAGAACAUCGGAUUACAAUGCAGACCACCAAGCAUAUGUAUGUCACAGACAUAACCAUUGUCCUGUGUUACAUAUAAGGGAAGCUAGAAUUGAAGAUCAUGAUGACUUGAUGCCAAUUUUUGAUAAACAUAACAAUCACCUAACAAAAAUUUAUGGAGAAUAUUUUCUUGCUGAAUUAAUCGAAGCCCAAGAUAAUGAUAAUAAAUGCAUUGUAGGGGAUGUAAAUGGGACUGCAGUGGGUUUUAUGAGUGUAUCAACAAACGUGAACACAUCUAUACUGAAAGAAAAUUUCGAACUUGAAGUUUUUAAUUACUUUUUAAAGAAAAUUGAAAGGAAAAAAGAAGUCAUACAUGAAAAAAAAGAAGAGCCAAGCAGAACUAGUCUUACACCAUCAAAUCAAGAAGAAAGCUUGGACACAGAAACUUCUCAUGAAUUAACCACACCAACACCAACAAAUCGACUUCGAUCCCCAAUGUCAAGAAAUAGAGCUUCACCUAUUAAAUCUGCAAGAAGUGUAAAGUUAAGUUCAUCGCAUUUAGAAGAGAGACCUUCUUCUAGCAAGAAGAAGGAACAGGAACCUGAGGUUCAAUACAUUACUGAAGUAUUUGAUGUGGAGAGUGUAUUUUGUAUACAGCUCUACUGUAUUGAUGAAAAAUAUGAAGCAAGGUCUAUUGAUUUCUUACCUGUCAUAUUUGAUCUCUUUAAAGACAAAGAUUUUGCCAUAAUAACUGUACCUCAUACAGUUCCAGAGUUUCCACUGAUACAAGCCUUUCAGCGAGUUUCACCAAAAUCAAAUAGUGUGUUACCGCAAGAGCUAUAUAUCUUCAAUAGAAAUGGAUUGCGACGAUCAUUUCAAGUACGUACUUGCCGAACUGGGGACUUUGACAGCAUUAAAAGUUUAACUGAGACAAUAUGUGGACAUGCUGAUAUUUUGAAGGAUGUAAAGCAAUACAAUGAUUACCGAAGAGAUGAGGAUGGUGUAAGAAUCUAUGCUUAUGUUGCUGAAGUCAUUGGACAGAUAGUUGGGGUCUGCAUUUUUCGACAAGAGAAAGACAUUGAGUAUAUUCGUUCACAUUACAACAUUGAAGAUUUUGUUUACUAUCGUCUCCAUGAAUCGAAUGAGCAUGUUCACUUGCAUCACUUUGUUUUAAAUCCAAUAUUUCAACAUUUUUCUAAAUACUUUUUAAAGGAGAUUUUUUAUCUUUCUAAAGCAUCAUGCAUGUAUUACCUGCUUUAUACACAAAGCAAUGAGAAAAAGAAUACGAAGCCACAUAGUUUGAUAACCUGCCUAAAUGAUAUGGUACCAGUAAGUGCACGACGUCAAAUAAUCUAUCCCGUGGAAGAUUUAAUGGGGAACUCACCCGUAGAACAAGUUCUGUAUCAUAAGGAGCCAUACGCUUUGUAUCACAUGAACAGAAAACUAACAUUGGAACCAAAAGUGGUUGUGAACAUUCGAAUUGUGGUUGUUGGUGCUUCAGAUACUGCUUUAUCAGCACUGCAAACACUAGUUUUCUGCCCACAUUUGAAUUUCAACAACUUGAUUUUAAUAUCUGAAACAGAAGCAUUUGAAAUCGAUGGUGCGUUUGAUAAUCUGAAAAAUGCAUUUAUACCUCAAAGUUUUGAUUUCAACAGCAAACAGAAGGCCUUGAAAUCUCUUAAGACUUGGGUAAAUUUUGUGAAAGGGAAAUUAACAAGAAUUGACAGAAAAAACAAAUGUCUUACAAUAGAUGGUUCACAUAAAGUUCCCUAUGACCAGCUUCUGUUGUGUACGGGUGAACAAUACCAUGCAACAAUACCUACAGGUGCAGAUGUUGAACAACUAGUCACAACUAGUGAAGCUGUACAAAUAAAACGACGUCAGCCGCCUGAAGUUUUUAAACCAGAAAACGUAUUCGUCCUGAAUGAUUUGCAGCAAUGCUUCCAAGUUCAAGAAUGGCUAAAAAAUUCUUUUAAAACAGAUAAAAUCGUGGUAUAUGGCAAUAGUAUUGAAGCUUACACGUGUAUCAAUGGCUUGCUAACACAAGGUGUGGAUGGUUGUUGUAUUCAUCAUGUCCACUCACCAUCUGUGCUACCAUCUUGUUUUAAUGAACCACAUGUUGACGAAAUUGUAAAACAAGAAUUAGAAAAAGCUGGCGUUCAAUCCUAUUAUGGCUACACCUUAGCAAGAUGGAACAACGAUAGUAAGAAUGAAGAAAUUUUAAAAGUAGCGACCUUUACAUCCGACACAAAGCCGCUAUCACUGGAAUGUCAGGCCUUUUUUUGCUUCGACAAGAAAAGUGUAGAAUACAACGCGUUUAAAGCAAUUAACGACAGCUGUUUGGUAUUCGAUGGGAAACUGGUUAUUGAUUCAAAAUUUCAUACAAAUGACGAAAAUAUACAAGCUGCUGGCCCGUUGACAAAAUAUGCACGACGUUACCAUAGCAACAAUUGGACGCAUGCUAACUUUAACUCACGGGAAAUUGGAACCAAAUUGGCUGAAUCUGUUUUGGAGUUAUUUGAUCCAACCUUAGACGGUGUCAUUGAAACAAAUGAUGGAGGUUUGAUACCCAAGUAUACAGAACCAAAGGUGAUAUCCUGUCAAUUACCAGCGAAAAAUGCCGUCAAAUGGAAACGAGCCUUAUAAAAAAGAGUUAAAGAAUGAGAAUGGAUCCCUGGAUUCAACCAAUAACCAUGAUGAUAAGUUUUUAUUCUUUUUUUAUAGUUAUUAUUUUAAUUAUUUAUUGAUUUACAUUUUCACAACCAACGAAGACUCUUUGUGUUUUUUUUAUUGUUUUGUUUUUGAUUCAGAAAUUUGUUUGACAAGGUGUUCUGCUAGUCGCAUAAAGAAAGGAAUUAUAUCAGGACAUAUAGUAUCGAUUUUUAAGUUCAACGGAAGUAUUAAAUGUCUACAAAUCGUUCCAUAUGUUUACUCUAUUCAGUGUACAGCAUUAGAAUCCCUUGAAUUAUGUGUUCAAACUUUACUUUUUUAAUGUGUAGCCGCCGUAAAUCGUUCAAUUGUCGCCUGUGCUCCGUAAUCUUCCGUGUCUUUUGUUAGUUUAUUACUUGCGAGUUUCUUCGGCGUACUGUUGCGUGUGUUUUCUUUUACGUCGGUUUCAUCUACUUUUCGUUUGGUGACGAGUAUGUCGCCAUUGUUAUUUUAUCAUUCUAAUAUUUCGUGUACUUUCCGUACUUUGGUUUACGACAGUUUUGUUCGAUGACGAGUUCGCUAUUUUACGUCUAUUGCCUUACUUUGCUUGUGUUUCUGUACUUAGGUUUAUGUUGGUUUCGUUUCGCUUUUUUCUUCCCGUUCCUGUAGGUUUAUCGCUCUACGAUACGCGUGUCUUUUUACCACAGGUUAUGUCGGUUUGGAUUGUUUUUCGUCUUGUGAAGAGCUUCUUGCCCCUCUAUUGUAGGUUAUCGCUCUACUAUUGCGUGCCUCUAUAACGAGUUUAUCGCCUUACUAUGGUAUACUAUUUCGUUAUUCUUGUUCGUUUAGUUCCUUCUGUAGUCAGCUGUCGCUAAUUAUUUAACGGCCAUGACUUUUUUUUCAAAGCGAUCAAGGAAUUUCAAGUUUUUAAAUAAAGUUGAACGCGCGUAAAUGUUGCAGUUGCGCAAAGUUUCUUAGCGCUCGUACUAUUACUAGUCUCUCGAUUUCGUUUCGUUCCGACACGCCGAUCCUACGUUGUUUGCGCUGAUGCGUUUUGUUAUUGUUUAUGAGCGGCGAAUACUCUGACUGUUUGA